UUAGUUAAGGCAGGGAGUGGGACCGGAGAGAAAGAGAAGUUGAGUAAUUCAAUUUCUUAAUUAAUAGUCUCUAUUUAAAGGUUGAAGGAAGCGAUCAAAGAAGGCCAAACCAUAGCCAAAAUAUCAAUCAGGUUCAUAAUCAACUGGGAUUCUGGAUUAUUAUUCCUAAAUAGGGAAUAGGCAUAAAUGGCCUUGGUUGGUAAGUUGGAGGCAGAGGUGGAGAUAAAGGCUGCUGCUUUUGUGGUUUACAAUAUCUUUAAGACCCAGCUCCAUGUUCUUCCCAACAUAUCCUCUGAUAUCGUUCAAAAAGUGGAGUUACAAGAAGGCGAUUGGGGCACUCUCGGCUCUGUCAAGAACUGGGAUUAUACCUUAGAUGGAAAGCAAUUGAGUAUUAAGGAGAAAGUUGAAGUUGUGGACGAUGAUAACAAGUCUAUAACAUUCAGCAUCUUGGAUGGAGCAAUUUUGGAGCAUUACAAGAGCUUCAAGGCUACUAUUCAGGUAACCGAUAAGGAAGAGGGCAGUUUGGUCAAAUGGACUAUGGACUAUGAAAAAUUGAGCGAGGAAAUCCCACAUCCACAUUCUUAUAUCGACCUUGCACUGAACAUCGUCAAAGAUGUUGAAGCUCAUCAUCUUAAUCCUAAUACUACCGUUACAAAUAUCCUUUAAAUAUUAUACUACUAGUGCUUAAUGAAAGCGAUUAUGGUAUGGAAAUCAAGUUUGAAAUGUUCCAUCUAUAUAUAUAUAUAUAUAUAUGCAUAUUGUAUGAAAUAAGUUUUGAGAGUGUGGAACAAGGACCUCUUGCCACAUAAGCUGCCAGGUCAUCGUCUGUAACUAUACAGUCAACAUAACUAAGUUUUCGUCACUGUCAAUUGUCUCUUGCAAUUUUGCAAUUAAUCUAUGUUUAAUUAGUCGGUGCCGUGAUGAGAGCUCUAUAUAAAGCACUUGUAUAUAAAUUCAAAUC